CAUUCUCAAUUUUGCGUACAUUCAUUCUAUACGCUUCCAUGGGAACCGCAGUUCUUCUUCCAUCUGACGAUGCAUCUUCCAUUAUCAGAUCAGACCGAAACCCUAACAAGAGUUCCCGGAAAAAGCUGAGUACGGCGGCCGUGAACUCUAGUUCGCUAGAUCGAAACUGCUCGGUUGUAAAACACCCCGGAUCGAAUCUCGUGAUGGGUCAAGUGAAGAUUCUCAAGAGGGGAGAGAAGCUGAUUCCCGAUGAUAACGCGACGAACAAGAGUGAUGACUGUUACGAUUUGGUAUUAGGAUCCACGAAUCGUAUAGGUCCGGAUCCUCUGAUUGUGAAGAAACAGGUUAGGGUUCAGGAUUUAACGGACGGACUAUACGCAGGACCGACUUCCGUUGCGUCUCCGCCGCCUAGCUCCGUACCCGUUCCUGAAUUUCUCGGUAGGAAAACAGAUUCCGUCAGUGGUGAUUUGAAGCGGUUUCUUUGUUUGAUUAGUUGAUUGAUUCUGUAAAAUUGUUUUUCUCUGUUUAUGAUGAUGAUACUGGAUUGCGUGAUACACGCGAAGAAGGGUUUUGUUUGCUCGCAUGGGAUGGCCAUUGAGUGUGAGGGAACAAAGAGUGUUAUGGAAGAAAGGUGAAGGUAAAAGAACAGAACAAAGCUUGUUGGGUCGUUCAAUAUUUUGCUUUUGGCAUCUGAAAUGGAGAAGAGGCUUUGAGUUAGUUUAGAUGGCGUAAUUAGUGCGUUUAUUAUUAUAAGGGUUUUGAAAUUAGAAUGCAUGAGUAGGAGGGUUAUGUUUAGGUAUUAUUUAUAGUUUGAUUAUAAAAGGAGUAAAUUUAUUCUGUUGUGCUAUGAUCACUUAUACUGUUGUAGUUCUGCUAUUUAAUGCAAUAGUGUUAUGCUGGAUAAUUUGCUGUUAUUGUAGUCUGUUUUGAUGACCAUUGAGAUAUUCUAUAUGCACUAUUGUGUUUGUGAGGUAUAUAUUAAUUAUGAAUUUAA